UGGACAGGAGCCCGCUGUAGCUGUCCCUCUGGUGGCACAUGGACCCGAAUAACACUGGCGUUGCAGGACAUUCUGUAGGCAGAGGACAGUUUUCUGGGUUUAAAAUUUCGGGUCAAAUAACCACUAAUAAGAACCAAGAUAUUCCUUUUUCAAGUACGUGUUUACCGCCACUCACUUUUUGUAACAGGAAGUGUUUCUUCUUCUACGCCGGAUGUCGUUCCGGCCGUUUUUCUCGUGUUUGACAAGGAAACCACGCCCCCUUUCGUAAUAAGACUGUCAUGCUGUGGAGAAAGACACUGCAGGAAAAAGAGAAGUGAUUUCCAAACAGCUCAGCUUUGGCCAACUGAAACCAGAGAACCUCUGUGUUUCAGGACCAUAUCGUCAUUGUCUCUUGGAUUCUCAGAUAUUAUGGAUCAAAAUAGUCCCUUGAGUUCAGGAGCUGAAGAACAACAGUCAGUCCACAGGCUGCGAGAUGUUGUCAUCACGUCAAUGUCAAAUGCCCGUCGGAAAGCGACUCAGGGCUUUGUUGUGUUCUUUGCCGUUGUGCUGCUCCUCUGCCUUGCAUCCUUUUUAUACGGGAGCUUCUACUUCUCAUACAUGCCCACGGCGGCUUUUUCAACACCGGUGCAUUAUUACUACAGGACAGACUGUGAAUCUUCAGCCUCCUUUUUGUGCUCUUAUCCACUGGCCAACAUCUCUCUGAUGAGGAAUAGGAAACAUGUGCUGACAUUUGGCCAGGCCUAUCAGAUCUCUCUGCAGCUGGAGAUGCCCGAGUCUCCAGCCAAUCAGGAGCUGGGGAUGUUCAUGAUCAGGGCGACCUGUUUCUCUAAGGAUGGAGGUCAUGUCACGUCCUCUGCUCGCUCUGUGAAACAAGUGUUGUCUGCCUCCAGCUCUCGCUUUAGCAUGCUUCGAUAUCGCUCAGGCCUGCUGAGAACUGUGGGAACGCUGCUGUUCCUCCCGGCCUUCCUCACGGGAGCUAUUGAGCAGAAGCAAGUGCUUGAGGUGGAGCUCUUCUCCGACUACAUGGAUGACCCUUAUGACCCCACGGCCACUGCCGUCAUAGAGAUCCUGUCCAACAAGGUGCAGAUCUACUCAUCUCAGCUCUUCAUUCAUGCUCAUUUCACUGGCAUAAGAUACUGGAUGUUCUACUUCCCUGUCACAUCAGCCCUGGUGGGAGUCUCCAGUAACUUCCUCUUCCUCAGCGUCCUCUUCAUUGUCAGCUACAUGAGGCUGCAGAUGAGUGUGAAACCUGAGCAGCUCAGGACAGACGGUCCUGUGUCAGAGAGGGAAAACAACAUGGACAACAACCAGCAGGAGGACAAUGUUGCUGCGGGUCCUGCAGAGCUGGUGGGUCCCCAUCAGACAACCCCCACAAAUGUGAGCCGGAGGAGGCCCCAUUUGCACUUUGGUGACAGCACAGUGCAGCAGAACAGAGUCAGAUUUGGUCAGGCUGAAACAAACGGAUUAGAGGCAGCUCCAGGACAUUAAUCACACACACAUAUGGAGACAGUAACAGCUUGACACAGAUAUAUGAGCUUGACACCUCAUCACUUAAUACAAAUAUCUUAUGAUCGGCUCCUUGCCAUUGCUUAAAGGUCCAGUGUGUAUACCAUUUAGGAGGGUUUAUUGCAGAAAAUAAGAAUAAGUCAUGUAUACUGUAUGUACUUUAGGCAAAUGCCUUGCUUUAUAGUGGCUAUGUUUUUGAAUUGCCAUGUUUCUACACGCAAAGCAGUUAGAGUGUGCAUUUUGUAUUUUGAAGUGGUGUUUUUUUUCUGCAAAUGAAAAUAAUUACAUCCUUUCUGGUAUUUGAAGGCCACCGUAGUUCCCUGAUGUGCUCACUAUCUUACAAUCUGCACUCUCACCAUUAGAUAUCAUGAACUCUGACACACUGCACCUUUAAGGCACUAUUCAUACACUGGGCAACUCAAAGUGCUUUACAAGGGCAUAGAA